AUGAGUCUGGCCGAUAACGAAUGUCAUCGGCUGCUCAAAUCGUCCAAGGAAGAUCUGCUGGCGCGCUACCGGUUGGGGUGUCGGCAAUUGCUGAUACUGUCGGCCCUGGCAGUUUACCAAUGUCGACGGCUUGACCGCAGUGUACCUCUACUUGACCCGCGCUCGCUCUCGUCUAUGCUGGCCGCCGCCCUCCGGAUUGCACAACGGAUGGGGCUCCACAAUGAGUCGACAUACACUCGAUAUACUGCCGUGGAGGCCGAGAUGCGGCGAAGACUCUGGUGGUUAUUGGUGAUUUUCGAUCAUCKCAUGUGCGAGAUGUCCGACUACAAGGUCACCACCUUGACACCCACUUGGGACUGCCGGAUUCCGUUAAACGUCAACGACUUUGAGAUUCGACCCGACACCAAUUCCUGCCCCCCUAACAGCGAGAAGCCGACGGAGGCGCUGUUCGCGGUAGUUCAUAGCAAGCUCGCCGACCUCAUCCGCCAUAUCACAUUUCACAUCAACUUUGUCAACCCGGUACUGGCGGCUGUGGCUAAAGCAAGGGAUCCUGGCCACAUCUCCAUUUCUGCAGAUGGUGAGAUGUUGACUAUACAGAAGGCAAUCGAGGAAAAAUACCUCGCUUCUUGCGACCCCGCUGACCCGCUCCACUAUAUGACGAUCUGGACGACGCGCGGCUACUUGGCCAGAAACCGCCUGCUGGAGCACUACGCGCGGCACUUGACGUCGCCAGCGACGCAGCAGACAGACGCGCAGCGCAAUGCUGCCCUGUUCUACGCUCUAGAGAUGCUGGAGUGCGAUACGAGACUGCGAGUCUCCCCUUUGACCAGUCGGUACCGGUGGCUCGUAGAUUUCCAUGUCCCAGCCCUGGCAUACAUCCACGUUCUGAACGACCUAAAGAAGCGACCCACAGAAAGCCACGCUGGGAAGGCCUGGCAGGCCAUGAGCGAGAAUUACGAAGCGCGCGGCAUGCACCCGAAGCCCAGCGGACAGGGUGUCUUCACCGUCUUUGCAAGGGUGGUGCUCCAGGCUUGGGGAGCACGGGAGAUAUUUCUCCGUCAACGGGGCAUGCCCGUGGAGACACCCAAGAUUGUGUUGGAUAUUCGGAACAAAGUAGCGCAGACGAGUUCGGGUUCCUCCAUAGUACCGAGCUGCAGCACCGGAGAACCGCCUCACAGCAGGAUCGCGACCAGUACCAAUUCAGAGACGAUACCCGCACAGAUGAACUUCACUGGUCACAGUGCCGACGGACAAGCCUUCCCAGGUCCGGAUCUAGAACCCAGUAGCUUCCCCGACGUCGCUGGACCGCCUGGCAUGGAUAUUGAUAUAGAUCAAUUCUGGACUGCAAUGGACUGGAGGUUGAUGCAUACACAGGCCUGGUGA